AUGUACAAAUGGCUGGUUAGAAUUCUCGGCACCAUUUUCCAUUUCUGUGACCGGCCGGUGCCCCCUGCCCGGGCCCUCCUGAAGAGGCGGCGCUCCAACAGUCUGUUUUCCACAGAAGAGGACACUGAUGAAAUACCAGCCAAAAGACCAAGACUAGAUUGCUUCAUUCACCAAGUGAAAACCAGUCUCUACAAUGCUGCCAGCUUGUUUGGAUUCCCGUUGCAGCUGACCACAAAGCCCAUGGUGACGUCUGCUUGUAAUGGAACACGGAAUGUGGCCCCUUCCGGAGAGAUAUUUCCAAACUCUACACCUUGUGAACUAACAGACUCUGGGUCCUGGAACAACAUGCUGAAACUGGGUAAUAAGUCUCCCAAUGGCAUAAGUGACUAUCCAAAGAUCAGAGUGACAGUAACCCGGGACCAGCCACGCAGAGUCUUGCUUUCCUUUGGUUUUGCUUUGAACUCAGAAGGCUGUACCAGAAGACCAGGUGGCCGUCGCCAUAGCAGAGGCAGCCCAGAGAGUCCCCUGAUGCAGGAAGCUCAGGAACAGGCAGUAACUGAGGUGCUUUCUGAAGAGGGUGCCAAGGGCCCCAGGCGUCCCCAUUGCACGGUGGAAGAGGGUGUUCAGAACGAGGAGAGAGAGAAGUACCGGAGGUUACUAGAGAGACUCAAAGAAAAUGGGCAUGGAAACUCUGUCCCUUCUGGAGCUACAAACCAUCAUAGUUCUCAAAGAAGUCAGAUGGACACGUUCAAGACCAGAGGCUGGGGGGAAGAGCAGAAUCAUGGAGUCAAAACAACUCAGUUUGUUCCCAAACAGUAUCGAGUUAUUGAAACAAGGGGACCUCUAUGUUCAGUGCGAAGUGAAAAAAGAUGUUCAUGGGGGAAACUGUUGGAUUCUGAGAAGACAGUUGGAGUCAGAGUUGACAGUGAAGGUAGGAGGGGACAUCCGUUGGAGCCUGACCUGUCCGAAGAAGUGUCAGCCCGCCUCCGCCUGGGCAGUGGAAGCAAUGGCUUAUUCAGGAGGAAAAUGUCAGUAAUU